AUGCUUGGACAGAUUCGCGGACGACAACCGCAGUCUCCAAUUGUUGGAUGGGUAACAGUUCUACUACUGCUUACUCUAUCAGCAUGCUGCGGUUGGUAUAGUCAACAGGUCACCACCUACUCGUAUCAAGGCGGUAGCCAAAUCAACAGCGUGACGCACGAUGUCACCGUCCGUCGUCAGCAUCUUCUAGCGAAGCUUACAUCACAAGCCGGUGGCUCCGGUUCCACCGCACCAGCGAAAGUGAUGCUCAACCCGGUCCCUUUAUCUCGUGACGUUAACUCCAUUAUCGAUCCCAUGAGAGGAGUUCCACAAGAACACCCGGAGACGCCAAAACCUACUCCAAAGCCGACGCCAAAGCCAACACCAAAGCCCACAACUGCACCAUCAAAGGCACCGACCUCGAAACCAAAGCCUGAUCCGAACGUGGAGAAGCUGUGGGCCCCCGUCAAAACCCUUGCUGAACUGGAAGAGUUCGAGUGUGUUGCAUGGCGACAAACCGCCAAUUGCUCGCCUCGUGGAGAUCUCAAACCGAAAAGAGAUGAUACAUGUGAUCGCGAAAUCUUACCUACCGACUCUGGAUUCUGUGAGUAUCGUCACCGUAAAACAGGAGAAGUACGUCGAAUUAUCGCAGCCAAGUGCAAGUCCCGUGCCAGUCAAAUGGGUUACUCGUGCGCGAAUGCCACAAUGCUUGUUCGCUAUAAUCUCAUGGCUGACAACUACAAGCCAGACUACCCGCUUUCGUUUGAGAACAACCAGCGCGAUUUCCUCCAACAGAAUAAUCUCACUAAAGAGAAGGCGUUGGUACUAAGUGGACAGAAAGUGGAGCCCCCUGCUUCGUUUACACGGGGAAUCGCGUACGUAGUAUACGAACAGUUAUUCCUCAGUGUCUACGCAGCGAUUCGAGCGUUGCGUUCUACCGGUUGCACCCUUCCAAUCGAACUCUGGUACCGAGAAGACGAGACCAACACGUCACAUCCACUAUUACAAGAACUCCGCAGUAAAUACGGUGCUUAUUUACGGGUCAUUAAAGACCCACGUGCCGUCAAGUUCUAUACAAAACUCUAUGCUGUUUUUUAUAGUGCUUUCGACAACCUGCUCCUAUUAGACGCCGACAACUUCGCAGCGCGUGACCCAACGCACUUAUUCACUACCGAGGUGUAUAACGACACUGGUGCGGUCUUCUGGCCGGACUUCUGGAUGCCCAACCGCACAAUUUUCAAGACCAAGAAAGGCAGUGACGUGUGGGAACUCAUGGGCGUUCCGUUUGUCGACAUGUUCGAACAGGAAAGUGGCCAAGUGCUUGUGAACCGAAUCAAGCACACCAAGGCAUUGCAUACAUUAUUACACUAUGGACUCACAGAGCCUCACCUUCCAGCGGAGUUCGAUAUGCUCUGGGGUGACAAAGAUCUCUUCCGCUUUGCCUGGAUGCGUACAAACUCCAGUUUCCACAUGAUCAAGCGCCCAGCAGGCAGUGCAGGACUAAAAGCACCCCAUCUCAACAUUUUCUGUGGCAACACAAUGGUACAGCACGAUCCUGACGGUGACAUAGCGUUCCUCCAUCGGAAUAUCGUCAAGUUUUUACCAGAUGGAAAUAAUACGCAGAAACUCUGGCAAUAUGUGCAGCAGUACAAUAUGAACCAAGAUUUACGGUUUUAUGAAGUUCGUGGCGAUGUGGAUCAUCGAUGGUUCCCGAGUAUUAGGAAGUGCUAUGGUAGACGUAUCAAUUAUCUCCGAGCGUACUCUCUCAAGCCCAUCAAGGACUUCCCGUUUGCUGGUCUUGAGGACGAAAUAAUAAGGCACGUACAAGAAGGAGAGAAGAUUAUCAAGCAGUCUGGAUACAUAAGUGCAGCAACUGAAGCUCCAAAGACAAAGGUCAGUAAGAUAAGAAAAAAUUAACCUAGAAAAUCCAUUCUUUUUAAUUCUUUUAGGCAC